AUGUGUUCUAAAGCCGAGCGAGAGAAGCGGCAGGAGCCGGGCGGCGGGCGGGCCCUGGGGUACCGACUAGUUCGCUUCAGCUCGGAGCUCGGCGUGAGUCACGCUAUGUACACCAUGAAUGUAGGGAACCAUUUGCUCUCCAUUCUACAAUACUACAAUAUACCUGUGAUAAAGCAACAGUCAACGUCAGCAGUGGAGAUCCCCAUAGUGUGGUAUCCAUUAGAACAUUAUAGUUAUUGCAACAUUGGCAGAGUGUGCACACUGAGAUAUGGACACACAGACUGCGCGGCGCCGCGGGAGCGGGGAGAUACGGCCCGUGUACUGCCGGCUUAA